AUGUCGGACGCGAACGCGACCACUCCCCGUGUUUUCAUCGCACGCCACGGUGAAACGGCUUGGACCAAAACUGGACAGUGUACCGGCAAUGCUGAAAUAGAGCUGACGGAGGAUGGGGAGCGACAGUCCCGUGGAACAGGCAGGAUGCUUGUCGGGCCGGGGAAAUUGAUCGAUCCCGCUAAGCUCAACCACGUGUUCUGUAGUCCGAGGAAGAGAGCAACAAAGACCCUCCAUCUUCUCCUUGGCGACGAGGUCAAGGCUACGUUGGACGAGGAAAACAAGAUUUCUAUUACCGCUGACAUCACUGAGUGGGAUUACGGCUCCUACGAAGGGUUUACACCCAGCGACAUCAACCGAAAGCGAGCGGAGCAAGGCAAGGCUAAGUGGAACAUCUGGGUUCAAGGAUGUGAAGAUGGCGAAACUCCCGAGCAGGUUCAAGGGCGUCUGGACCGACUUAUAGGAAAAAUCACAGAGAUCCAAAAACCAUUCAUGAAUGGCGGCGUGGCGCCUGAUAUUCUUUUGCUAUCUUUCUUCAAGGUUGCACACGGGCACAUACUACGCGCCUUCGUCAAAAGAUGGCUGAAGUUUCCAAUGGAGUUCGACUUUCCGAUGAUGAUGGAGCCAGGUGCUGUUGGAGUCUUGAGCUAUGCUCAUCGAAAUGUGGAUGAACGCUCUAUACUUGUUGGAGUGGGCCUAUCGAGUACAGACUAG